AUGGAGCUCCAAAGCAUUCCGGCGAGAAGCGGCACGGCUACUUUUCUACCGGCUGGAAAAUGUAUCAAAAUCGUCAAUACUUCUGGUACACAGGUGAUCGAUACCUGGGCUUUUGCGUUACCAAAACCGGAUCCGAAGCAGGGCGGCACAGAGUCAGAAGUCGAGAAAGAGGAGUUGCCGAAGCAGAAUGCCCCACAAACACCCAAGAAGAAUGCGAAGAGGACUUCGGAGUUACCUUCUCAGGAGGAAGCUGAAGAGGCUACUCGGAAAGGACUAGCUCAAGGAGAAAAAAGUGCUGAAGAUUCUUCGAAGCAACGGACGUCGUGGAGCGGGUAUCUUCCGAGCGUUCCGAGCGUUCCUUCCUUGGGGUUUGGGAAGGGCAAGAUUGAUGGGGAUGCGGCCGCGAGCAAAGAUGAGCAAGCAAAGGACUCCAAGACUUGGUCGUCUUAUUUCGCUGCUGGGAAGGGGUUCUCCUCGUAUAUACCACAACAGGCUUCUGACACUGUUACUCAAUUUGCUGGAUAUCACGCUCGGGACAAUAAUAAGACAUACAUGCAGCAAUUGCAGGACUUCUCGAAGACGCCAGUGGGAGCUGCAGGCAUGGCAGCUAUUACAGGCUCUGGCUAUGGAAGCUCGCUGUAUGCAGGAUACUCGGCAUGGAAUUUGAAGCAUGCGAACAACGCUCCGGCUAUGGAAUUGCUCUCAGUGUCGCACUCCCGCGCAAGUACUUUGCAUUUGAUUCCGCAGGUCCAUGACACGCUUGUGACCAACCUGCGUGAACCGAUUCUUACGCUCGUAGAAGACACUUCCCCUGGAACUCACGACACCUUGAUACCUGCCUGUGAUCCCAACCAAUAUAAGCAACUUGGUGCGCCUGACUGGGAAAAGCAUGGCUCCUGUGCCGAGAACUUGGUCCUCGCCCUCAAAGAGCUAAAUGAACGAGCGGGUCUCAAAGGCGCCAAGGGAGUCGGCGCAGAUGUCUCAGUCAACACCGUUCCGGCUCCUCUGAAUCUGUUCAUGAAUGUUCCUUGGGAGAAGGAAGGUGAGCUGAAAUUUGGGAAGCCCAAAUCCAAGCCUGGCGACUAUGUGCGUUUCUUUGCGGAGAGAGAUGUCGUUGUUGUCAUGUCUGCGUGCCCACAAGACAUAACGGGAAUCAACGGUGAAGAGAUCAAGGAUGCACACUUCAUCGUCGAGGACGCGGAAGAGGCAGCGAAGGCUUUCAGGAGAAUGCCGCCGACGAACAAGUCGACGCCACGGAAAGCAGGCUCUGAUCCGGCCAGGAAGAAAGCUCCUGUCGCGCCUCAGCAAGCGUCGGAAUCACAAGCACCACAGCCUGCAAAAGCCACGCCCUCUCGACCGAUUAGGAAAAGGUCGACACAGUCUGCCUCGGAGAAGGCUACACAGCCGGCUACAACCUCGCGACCCCAAAAGAAGCCAAUUCCACCAUCUGCAGCGGUUCCUACCAACGGAGAAGCUGCUGCGCCCAAAGAGAGGAAGAAGCCUCGGAAGCUGAAUGUUAGGCAAAAAGGGACAGCAGAGAAUUGA